GAAGCUCCAUUGACCUGGGCUGCGUCUGGAGGUGGGUUCCUUUGGAUGGGUGAUGCGAACGGGUUUUUACAUCGCAUGGAUCGUGGACAACAAAUCGUAUCAUUCAAGGCUCAUUCACAAGCUGUUCGGCAAGUCUGUCCGCUGAGACGCCACAACAUACUGCUAACAGUGGGGAUUGAUGAAGGCGAUGAGGAACGAUUAAAAGUGUGGAACGUAGCUAAAUGGUCCAACAAACCAACCCCAUUAUGUUAUCGCAGCACGCCCACUGGUCCAGUCGGACAGCUUGCGAGCCCGGUCACCUGUCUAUUCGUUGACGAAGGCCUCCAAUUUCUCCUCUUUGGUCACGCAGCCGGGCAAAUUCAGUUGCUUAGGGGUGACAUAACUCGGGACCGGCAAUGCAAGCGCCACCUUGUUCACACGUUUCCUAGCCCUGUGACUGGUUUGGGCCUUCUUUUACCAUCUGCUUCCCACCUAUCUGUUCCGGACGUCCGUAACGUAUACCGAGACCAGUCUCAACUCCAAACUCCAGUGAUCUUUGCCACGUCGGAACAGUGCAUCAUGAGUUUCACCCUCGGGAAAAAGGACGAAAUAUUGUGUAAGGUAGAUUAA